AUGUCCGUCACAAAGCCAAAAGUCGAUCCUUACAUUGACAUUGUAGGUCUGCCUUCUCCCUUGAGACGCGACCAACGGUUCAUGUUUCAAGUUUCUCCUCUCAGGUUUGCAGCGUUUUUUGCCUUUAUUCCCUUUUGGCUCGGCGCCAUCAUGCCCCUUACCAUCUUUUACCAAGUCACCACGAGGGUUCUCCGGAAACUAGGCAUUCUCGAACCUCACCCUCGACCUCCUCUGGAUUCUGGCCACAUCAAGGCACCCGAAACCAUCCAACCACGAAAAGAUAGAAAGUACGAUAUUGUGGUUCUUGGAGUCACUGGUUUUACCGGUCGUUUGGCAGCCCGUCAUUUGGCCCAAAAGUAUGGAGCAGAAGGAAAAAUCAUCAAAUGGGCCAUUGCAGGAAGAAAUAAAGCCAAGGUGGAAGCCGUAAGGAAGUCGCUGGCAGAAGAGUUGAAAAUGCCCAAGAUUGUUACCGAAAUUGAUAUCAUUGUGGCCGAUACAUCGGAUCCUAACACAAUGCCGGCUUUGGUGGAAGACACUCGUGCGGUGGCCACUACAGCUGGACCUUACCAAGAAUACGGGAAUACUGUGGUAGAGUUCUGUGCUAAAUAUGGUACCCACUACACUGACAUAACAGGCGAAGUGGGUUGGGUCAAACAAAUGAUGGUCCAGCAUGGGGAGACUGCCAAAUCAACUGGAGCCAAGAUCGUGCCAUUCUGUGGACACGAUUGCAUUCCGUGGGAUUUGUCUGUAAUGAAGCUGCAACAGCUUUUGAAAGACGAGUUUAACGACGAUUUGAAGACCGUAAAAGUCUGGGAUGAAGCACUUAUGCAAGCUCCUGGAGGAACCUACCAGACCGCCAUGCUGUCUUUGAGUGGAAAUGGCCUGUAUCCGUGGACCGCUCCAUUCGUCAUGGCGCUCAUCAAUGCCAAGAUUGUACGAUGGACGUAUGCGCUCCGACAACAAGGAGAGAAGAAGAUCUCGUACCGAGAAACCCAGGUCCACCGAGAUUUUAUGACAGCUUUUACUGUUUACGUUGGGACCAUGAUUUUGGGCUCCUCAUUGCUGAAUCCCCUUACAAAAUGGUUGGCGUAUCAGUUCAUUUUGCCACUUCCUGGAAAUGGGCCGAGCUCUGAAAAUCUGGAAAAGACCAACUAUUUGUUGGUCACAGCCGAAGGGGUAGGUACCAACGGCAAUCGGGUCGAGAGCACCUUUUAUCUGCCGAAAGACCCGGGCUGCCUUGAAACUGCCAAGAUGAUGGUCGAGGCGGGUCUGGCCAUGGCACUUCAUGAAACAAAUAAUGGCGAGGGGAAGGGCAAGAAGGAGCUUCCCAGCGGUAACGACGGAGGAUUCUUCCCUCCGGCAGCUUGCCUUGGAGACGUGUUGUUGGAUCGUCUCAUCGAUGUCGGAAUUGAGUACAAGGUGCGCACCGUGGCAAAGCCAGAACCAACGAUCAAGGAUAAAGAAGAAGACGUAAAACCAAAGGAUAAGGAUGCCUAA